AUGAUGGGAAGGUCAAGUCACAGAAUGCUUUCCUCAACAUGCAGACUACAGGCACCAUCUGAAAACAGAUACACAGUGGUCAGCCAGACAGAUGGUAUCAGAAAGAUAACUUUGAAUGAUCCAAAGAAAAGGAAUGCCCUGUCGCUGGGUAUGUUACAUGAUUUUCAGGAAUGCCCUGUCGCUGGGUAUGUAACAUGAUUUCCAGGAAUGCUCUGUCGCUGGGUAUGUUACAUGAUUUACAGGAAUGCCCUGUCGCUGGGUAUGUUACAUGAUUUCAAGGAAUGCCCUGUCGCUGGGUAUGUUACAUGAUUUUCAGGAAUGCCCUGUCGCUGGGUAUGUUACAGCAGCUCCAGAAGGAUGUCAGUGCAGUAGACGACAGUCUCCGAGUGAUCGUUCUCUCACACACUGGACCUGUGUUUUCUGCUGGCCACGACCUCAAGGAAUUGACCAUAGAAACAGGCAGGGCUCAUCAUGAACAAGUGUUUGCUGUAUGUUCACAAUUUAUGUUGUCACUACAGGACAUUCCUGUGCCUGUAAUUGCUCAGGUUAAUGGUUUGGCCACUGCUGCAGGAUGUCAGUUGGUGGCUAGUUGUGAUAUCGCUGUGGUCACAGAGAAUUCGAAGUUUGCCACUCCAGGUGUACAGGUGGGUCUGUUCUGCUCCACCCCUGCAGUUGCCGUGGGGAGAUCUGUGCCCCGUAAGGUUGCCAUGGAGAUGUUGUUUACUGGCCAACCAAUCAGUGCACAGGAUGCUUUACUGCAUGGACUAGUCAGCAGAGUGGUUCCUGAGGGCAAGCUGGAAGAAGAGACGACCAGGAUAGCGAUGAAGAUCUGUGAGUUCAGCAAAUCUGUGAUAACCCUGGGAAAAAGAACAUUCUACAAGCAGAUUGCACUGGAUAGAAAACUAGCGUAUAGCCUCACAGAGAAGGUCAUGGUAGAUAAUCUCGCCUUAAAAGAUGGCCAAGAGGGAAUCAAAGCUUUUGUGGAAAAACGGAAACCAGUCUGGUCACAUGAUGAUGACACUGCUCACUGAUUGGCUGUUUUAUAAAUAAAGAAGUCUCAUGAUCAGUCACAUGGGGCACUGCUAGUCUCUGAUUGGCUGUUAUGUUCAUGAUUGAAAGUCACAUGAUCAUAGACAGAUCUAUGGAAUACAUGUAGUAAUAUGACUACAUGUAGUUACAAAGGAUGAUAAAUGUUCUGCUCAUUAAUUUUCUGUUUCCAUUGGGAAGUCAUGAAACAAUUGUCAUGUUUAUGUGUUGUUUUUUUGUAAAUGGAAAUCCUAGCAUGUCACAACCAUUUUAAUUGCAAUGUAAAGUGACCUUUUCCAUAUGGAUGACUAACUGAAAUUUGCUAAUAAAGAAAUAUUAGUUUUGAAUCAAGAACAUUCUUAAAAACAAAUGCAAUUUAAAUUUAUAUUGUGGCAUUAGUUGUUGCUAUAUAACUAUGCAUGGGUUUUAUUGAACUUGUAGAACCAGAAGUUGAAAACCCUGAUAUAUUGGGGGAAUGGCAAGCAGGUGGUCUGUGACAAAAAUGAUGUUUCCAGUCGAUACUCUUUAUUUUGCAUUGACAAACAUUGAUGAAAACUUGGAUAUAGCAAUUUUUCAUGGAGACCUAGCUUUGGAUUGUAUUUUGUGUUAGUUGUUACCUUGUUCAUCAUUUGUCUUGAAUGAUAGACACAAUUAAACAUUGGGUGACAAAAAUAUUGAUAAUCAGAGGAAGUGAGCUGAAUGAUGUCAAAAUUAUUUAACUGUAGAACAUUAGAUACACAGCUUUUAAAGCUCAGAAAAGUUUACGUCAUGCGUCGCAGCCACAAAUGUCGUCAUAAAGUAUUUUUGUUUUUAUUUUGUAGAGGACUUUUAUUCAAUUUUAUAUACCAAAUAGUUACACUGUGGUUUCAGAGAAAAAGAUUUAAGUUAUUUUGAUAUACGAGUCUAUAGAAAUCAUGUUACCCCCAGGCUAAAGGCACUUUGGCACUGGUGGCAUUAUUUGUUCAAUGUUUCAUUUCAAAUAUUUAACAUCUCGAACUUACAGUUUUAGGGGAAAGUUGUUUUUUAAGUUAUUGUACAUUAUGCUGUUGAGUGAAUAUUGACCUUGUGACCCUUAAGGGGUUGCCUGUUUUAACAAGCAUAAUUUUAUAAAGCAUUUAUGUAGACUACUAUUCACAAUUAAAUACCAAAUAUUACCUGUUUGGACUAAUUAUUGUGGUUUUAUGUGAUAGACGAGAUUGCCUUCAAGGUUGAAUACUGUGUGUUAAAAAAUGUAGGGAAAUUCCUGCGGACAAGUUUGUAUCUGCAGACUUGCAGAGAAACAGCUGUUCAUUGUGAAUCAAGUAUGGUAGGUGCUUGUUGAGUCGUGGGUUGUUUUCCAGUCGUGGCUUAGAUAGAGGUCACAUAGAUAUGAUGCAAUUUGUAACAGAAAAUGUUUGGACAUAGUCACCAUCGUUUUGCUGAUAAAAACAGUUAAAGAUUGUAAUUCAUAGCAACUCAAUACGUUCUUAUAAAAUAUUUCCUCCAUUAUUUAUUGUUGAAAUAGUGUUUUUAAGUGACACAAAAUUGUUUAUUUAGGAUUAUUUUCCAUUCUUCACCCUCCGUUGACAUUUGGUCACACGAAACUACUCCCCUGCAGACUUGCUUUUGGGGCGAGUUGGAAAUGGUCAAGGUCACUGUUACAAAAAAUUAGAAAAAAGCCUUUGGCCUAAUAACAUUAGCUUGAAUGAAGGUUUUGUACUGAAAUUUAGUGUAUAGGAAACGGACCUAGCUUGUGAUUGCAUUUGGGGCCAGUCAGAAAUUUGAACCCUCAUUUUGUGGUGUUGCCAAGUGGCUUGUUUUAUAAAUGAACUUGAAUGGUAUUUAUAUCAAUUUUAUCAUCAGUAGUGAUUUGACUGUUAAAGAUGCAUUUGUAUGAGCGUAUGUAAUUGAGGACUUAAUUUUUGUCAAUUACAUAUGAUUAAAUGAUUUGUUUGAAUUACAUUGUACAUGUAUUAAGAGUUACAGUGCCAAAAAUUGUUGUUUUACUAGCCUACAUGGGCACAAAGUGCUCAUGGUCAGCUAUUGUGGUCAGUCUGUGCCAGAUAUCCUGCAUUACCACUCUAGAGGCUAUUUUUUUAUCCAAUCUUGACAAAACGUGUUCAGAAUGUUUAUCUUGACAAUAUCUAGAUUGAGUGUGAUUCUGGGUCAAGUGCCUCUAAAAGGAAGCUUGCCAGAUAAAAUCUUAUACAAAUUUUUUACAACUCUAGAAGCCUCAUUUAUGACUCAAUCAUGAUGAAACUUUGUCCCAUUUUUUAUUAAUAUUGAUCAAUAUCUAGGCCGUGUUUUAAGUGGGGUCAUGUGCAUAUAAAAACUAGGUCAGUAGAUCAAAAACCUUUUUAUUACUCUAGAGGACACUUUUAUGGCUUGCCCUUGAUGAAACUUAAUCAGCAUGUUUACAUUGACAAUAUAUAGGAAAAGUUGAAAUCUUGGUCAAACUCAUUCAUAACUGAUUCUAGGUCAAAUUAUAGAAAAACAUUGUUACCACAUAUACAUUACUCAGACUCAAUGCAAACUGGUCAUAAUGUUUAUCUUGACAAUAUCUAGGCUUUUUUUGAAACUAUGUCAAAAGGUCACCAUGUUAGAAACCACUCCAGAAGCUUUAUUUAUGAUUCCAUAUUGAUGAACCUUAAUCAGAAUGUAUUUCUUGAGAAUAUCAAAGCCUUGUUCAAAUGUAUGUCAGGUCAGAUCAAAAACUAGGUCAUGAGGUCAAGUUUUGUACAAUUGGUGAACCUUGACCUUAGUGCCAUAAUUGCUUUGCCUUCUUGUUGUUAUUGUUUUAUCAUAUUUGUUCUUGUAUUAUGAUAUAAGCAACUGGACUACACUUUCAAAAAAGUACAUGUGCAUUUACACGUUUCUAUUGUAAUACUAUUAAAUAAAAAAGUAAAACUUAAA